AUGUCCAUGCACCGCGAGUUGGGCAAGAGCAAGCUUUUCCGGGACGCGCUAUACGAUUUCACGCUUCCAAGUCCCGAACGGCAUCAAAUCACCUUCAACCGUGCUGAAGCCAUCGCCCGUUCUUCCAACUACACGUUGAAGGACGUCUACGAGAUAUCGGAGCAUUUCUGGCUCGGCGCCAUCGACCCAUUGGUGGUUAUAGACGUCGCAGCAUACUCGACAACGCUUAUCCAGUUUAACCUCGCCACUGGAACGCUAUCUGCGUGGGCACAUCGCCCGGAAAUAGCAGAGCUGUGUCGUCAGCUUCUCAACUGGGAAGUCUCGUCAGUCCUUCUCAACACUUCUCUAACGCAUUCUGACCUUGUUUCCAAAAGUGGCCAUUUCCUGCUCACGGAGGUCGCGCAUGGACUUGACACGCAGAACAUCGAAACCACAGCGACACAGCUUCCCGAUGGUGGCUUCGACCUCCACACUCCACAUCCUGGGGCCGCUAAGUUUAUGCCUUGUACGACGCCUGUUGGUGGGAUUCCCCGUGUGGCGGUCGUAAUGGCGCGUCUGAUUGCCAACGGCAAAUUCCAUGGUGUCCGGCCCUUCUUCGUCCCCCUCAACGAUGGGAAAGGGACGAUGAACCAGGGCAUAACGAGUCGAGGCCUGCCUGAUCGAGCGGGGACGCGUCCCAUGGGAAACGGAAUCACCACAUUCACCCACGUCCACCUUCCGGCCACUGCCUUUUUGGGCGACUGGGAAACUACGCUGCCUCCGCGAAUCCACCUUCUCGCGAGCAUCUGGCGACUCGGGAUCGGCACGACAACCUUGGCAGGCCUCGCCAUUCCCGCGCUUCGUGUUGCGGCGCAUGUCACUGCUGACUUCGCCCGCCAGCGCCAAGUGACAGACUCCGGGGGGAAGACGGUGCCAAUACUGUCAUUUAGAACGACAGGGACACCGAUCGUGAAGGCUCUUGGCCAAGCCGCCGUCCUGGAAGCGUUUUAUCGAGAGCUGCGACCGUAUUAUGCGGCGGACCCGAAAACUGGAAAGCACACGCUGACAGUCGACGCCAUCAAUAUGCGCAACUUCGCUCUCGACGGUGUUCAAAACAUUGGCAGUCCACCACUGGCGGGAAACAAGCAUUGUCUUGACGGAUCGUCUCGGCGCGCGAGGCCUCCUUCUCGAAAAUCAAUUGAUGCAGAGCUUCGGGGGAUGGCGAUUGCUGAAGGAGAUGUCCUCGUACUAUGCAUUCGACUUGCAACGGAAUAUCUUUUGGGUCGAUAUGCCCUCCCGCCGCCCCGGUAUCCCGACAGCCCGCUGGCAAAACACGAGAAGGGAAUCUACGAUGAGAUGCGCGACAUCCUCGUCGCUCUCGGCAGCGACCACCGCUCGGCCGCGUUCAACAGCGCGCUCCUCCCACGCAGUGUGCCCCUCGUACUCGCGAUUGGACAGCGCAUGGCCUACGAGGCGGCUCUGGACGCUGGUGUCGACUCUGCUUUCGUCCGGCUCUAUGUCUCCUCCGGCGUCCUGCAGGACCUUGCGUGGUACACCGAGAGUGGUCUGACCACACGCGUUGAGGCGAUAAAAGCAGAAGAAAGCGCUAUUACGGAGGCGCUCGACAUAAUGGAGGAGACGCUGGACAAGAAUGGGUGUGCGCCGCUGCUGCAUGCCCCGAUAUUGUCGCAGAGUGCUUGGACGGAGUGGGUUGACACGUUGCCCUUGCAUCGAUCGAAACUAUAG